CCUAAAAAAUUAUUCAGGGGCUUAGUAAAUAUCAUUAUAAUUCUAAGUUAGAUGACCUUGAUUAAAUCUUUGAAAAUCACAAAAGUGUUAUCUUGAGUUGAAAAUACUGAAAAGAAUGCUUAAAUUUUCAACACCAGUUUUUGAGUUGAACUGAGCUCUUUUGUUCAAGUUUAUUUAAAAGAAAAAAUUCUGUAUUUGAAACACAGGGUGCAUUAUUUAAAUCUACUCAAUAUAUCUCAUAGAAAGUACUCAAAAUAACUGAGACACUGGUAUUCAUACUUAUCAUUGUCUUUAACUUUAAUUAUUAAUGGUUCAAAAUCAAUAUAAUUUUGUCCCCCAAUACUAACUUAAAACUUUGAGUAAGACUAAUGACCUUUGGCAUGUACCGCGCGCGAGGAGCAUGGCCUCAUGGGAGAUUUUCUGCACGUUGAACGAGACAGACACACAUCCACUGCAGACUUGGUAACGUUUUCAGCACCAUCUUCACCACCAGGAGAAAAAAAUCUGCAUCAACUACAAAGUAAAGCAGAUGGACUCCGUUGCCUUGAAAGUAAUUUUUGGACAACAGAGUGAGAAGCUUGUGCUCUCUUCAGGAAUACCCAGGACUGUUGAGGAGUUGCAUGAGACAGUGAGAGAGACAUUUGGGCUAGUUGAGGAUUUCAUAUUGCACUAUUAUGAUGACUCAUUUGGAGAUUUCUUUACACUUCAUUCUCCCAACCAAAUCAAAGAUAGGGGUACAGUCAAAGCUGUGGUCAUUCCAUCAGUAGUGCUUACAUUGAUUCCUCAGUGUGAAAAUCCCUCAGAUGUAAGUUCACUGAAUGAAAGUUCAAGCUCUUCAACCUAUAAAACCACAGAGGACCAAACAGAUGGAUCAUCUCUGUCUUCAGACAACACUGUCAUACUCUCCCCUCUUCAAAGUCCUCUAAAGACUACAUGGCCAGAUGAAAUUGUCAUUCCACUUUUCUCUGUGGCAACAGAGACUGUACUGAAAAAUGCCAAUGAAGUCUUUGUUCAAAAUGGCACUGUGCUGAACAAUACUUCAGUCAAGUCAGAUAUAAUGGAAAAAUUAGCUGAUUAUAUGUACAGCUACACAGCCUACCCUACUGGCCUUCAGAUUGGAGAAGUGGCAGAGGCUCUGGUCAAAAAGCACCCAUGUCUGACAGAGCCAGGCAGUCGUAAUGGCUGGAUGGGAUGGAUGUAUAGUCUUAAAUACAAGAUGGGAAAUUACAGGUCAAAGUUACGAAGUCUUGGAGUUCCAGAGGUUACUUGCAACUCACUGAAGAACAAGCACCCUGAUGACAAGGCUCCAGCGAAGAACAUAAAGAAGGCGCGGAAAGGAGAAGUGCUGUUUCUGCCACACUAUCCAGGACAAGAUGGUAAAGAACAGCAAGAGCUGGAGCGACAACAACUGAUUGAUGAGUGUAAGAAGAAAAACAGCACAGCCAUCAAGGAUUUAAUGUGCAAAACCUUUGCACAUAGAAGACAUGAUAUUAUCAGCCAACAGCUGAGUGUCAGCGACAUCAAGGACAGAUGGCCGGCGUUGUUUGACGUCUCCCAAGUAAGUGUACAUUUAAAGGGAUAUCCACUUGUAAAUAAAAUUUGGUCUGUUAGAUCCCCCAUCAUAAGAGAAGUGAGAAAAAACAUGUUGCUACCAUCCUAGUGAUUUUGAUGAUCUUGCAGCAGCCAGGUUGCUUUAAUUUGUCAUAAGACUCUAGAAUCGCUAGGAAUUUGAAUCAGAAUGAGGAAUCUGAAUCAAAACCAGAAUGGUUCUUAUUGAAACCAUUCCCAAGCCUAUGGAACGAUAAAUAAUUUCCGUUCACUUAACUUGUUUUAGGCUAAGCUAAUGUAACCUGACUGAAGAAUGACUGGGCUGAUUGCAAAGUGCCUUUGUCUCACUUAUCUAACUCUGGAGCACAUAACGACAGACUAGAUUUUACUGAAGAGUAAAGAGUGAAGAGUAAUUUAAUAUUUUUAUGAAACGUUGGUUACGUAUUGUAACCCCAGAUUCUAUGAGUAUAGGCGCAGCCCUUUAAGUGGGUAUUCCCCUUGUGCGCGCAGCACUGAAGUAUUUUAGUCCACGCCCACCUGCUGUGUGGGCCUCACCCUGGUCUAGUAUAAGUUAUGGUGAGACCAGGAAAUCGACUCUGCCGUUUUUCUUCAGCCAGCCAGAAGAUGUCCAGCGAGACCAUCCGUCUGUGUCCAUCCUGCCAGACCGGCUACAUCAUGUCGUAUGACCGACAUGCCGUCUGCGUGGGCUGCCUCGGUCCUCACCAUGCAGACCUCGCCCUCACACCUUAAUCCUAUUGCCGCUCCUGUUAGCUCCUCCCGCCAGAGGAAAAGCAGUGGAGGUCAGCCUUUUUCAAGGGAUGCUCAUCCAUCCCUGGCCUUCACAUGUCGGCGAGGACGCCGCUCCCAGUUGUUGGUGCGCUGCUCCUGGAUCUGCCUGGCAACAUCCAGGAGGCAGCUGGUGAGAAGGGACUUUCUGUCCCUCAGCCUGCUCCACCCCCCCAUUGGAUUAUCUGGCGGGAAGGUAUGGCUCCGCUCACUCUCGUUGCCCAGAUCCCAUCUGGCCCCAGUUCCCGGCGGUGAUGACCUACCUCUCUGAGGCAGCAGCAGAGCCAGCGAAGAUUAGAGCGCGGUCUCUACCUAGGGCUUCACAGAGGGCUUCACAGACCGGAGUUUUCCGCCUGUUCCCCCUCUAGAGCCGAGCCUCGCUUCAGUUUUCGGCACCAAAAUGACCAAGGUCGUUGGACAGCGACCGGCCCAUCCCGCCAAACUUGACCAGCUGAUAGCAAGGUUCACUGAUCGCGCACAUCAAUGCACUGUUCAGUCAGCUGCAGUGACUAACAACACUGCCUUGCUAGCGUUUGUCAUCUCCAGGAAGGUGGAGGAAGCAGAGCUGCCAGAGGAGCUGAAAGGCUUUCUCUGUAAAGCCGCUGACGCGAUUCUGAAUAUUUGCGCCACUUCAGUGGAGGUGUGUUCCUCUCGCAUCGCUGCCUGGCAGACGAUGGUUCAGAGGGCAACCUGGCUCCGCC